UCUUGUUUUUUUUAUUAUUAAAAAUCUUUAUCUUCUGUUUGGUGACAGAAAAAAAAUGUCUUCCAAAUUUACUGGUUACAUUUUUGUUGCAUCAAUUUUGUUGAUGCUAAUCAUGAUGUCGAUGGUUGAAGUUCAAGCUCAAGAAACAUUUGAACCGGAUUCGGAACCCGUACAACCACCUCAACCAUCAAAUCGUCGUCGUUAUGAUCGUUUUAAUCAAUGGAUGAAAGUGAUUAAUGAUUUUUUUACCGAAGGAAAUUGGCUAAAUGGUGGUCCAUCGAAUCUAAUCGAAUAUAUAACACGAACAUUGGCCAAAUUAUUGGAUGUAUUGAUGCAUCGUCGUGGUCCACCAGUUACGGCACCAGUUGAUAUACCAUCAUCAUCAUCAUCAUCAUCACCAUCAAAUCCAACAGACGAUUAUGAUGAUACAUUUGAAUAUAAAGUACGUGAUUCAAAUGCUUUACAACGACAACGUCAACCAUCAUUGGAUCGUUAUCGUAAUCAAAAAACAUUGAAUCUAGAAGAUAUAAUUCGUAUGAUACCAACAAAUCAAUUAAAAUUUGAUCGUCGUCGUCGUCGUCGUUAAUUCAAUUGAAUUUAUGCUUUUCAUUUUCUUUAAUUGAGCAUUUUAUUUUCAAAAAAAAUAAGGGUUAAAGUAAAUUUUCAA